AGUAUUUAUUUUGUAUAAAAUUAUAUUUAAGUUAAAGAAUACAUUCUAAACGAUGGGUUCCUUGAUUGGCAAAUCUUUCAAUAAUGUUGUCGACGUUUAUUUCUAUAUCUGCAUGAAUAUAUAGUAAUGCAAGCCCAUUCAAUCUAUCUUCAACCAUAGUGAACCUUAACCAAGUUUUAAGUCGUCGUAAUGUGGAAAAACUUCUUUCAGCACUAGAAACACUGACAGCCAAACACCGACGGGACACCUUGUCAACCUGAAAACAACGAGCAAAAUGAUGUGACAUAAAUAUCUCGCAAACAAUUUUUGUUAUUAAUCAAAACGAUAAGAAUGAUGUAAUGAAUAAAAUAAUAAAAAAAAACUUCAAUGACGGUGUUUUUUCGAACCGUUUCAAAUCUCGAUCUGAUUAUGUGCAAUGCGCGUCACCCGACUUAAUCAACACGUUGAAGGUCUUCUUUACGGUGUGGGACAUUUUGAAUCAGUCCAACAUGAACAGUCUGCCAAUAAAUCUGCACGGAACAAUGAACACGCGGUGCAGUCGGAGAAGUCUGAAAAAAAAGUCGAGCCUCGACCACACGACGGCCGUAUUACCUGCACGUUUCCAGCGUACGGACGCAGAAAGUUUUGCUUGCGAAGCCGUUGUCGUCGAAUAUGAAGUUUCCAUCAUAAUUAUAAAUAUAUUUGAUUUGCAUUCCGACAUCAAAUGCAGUCAGAUAUUUCGUCUGUCGAUAGCUCUAGCCAAGUUUUUGGAAGUAACGGAGUAGAAAUAGUGACUGAUGACGAACAAGCAGAAUAAUAGCGAAAUGGAAGUCGAGGAUCAAUUGAUUCCUGUAAUAGAGAUCUUGAAAUGGACGAAGGAUAAUUCAUAGUCGAUGAUUAAUUUGAAAAUAUCGAGGAAGGACUAGUGAUUCUCUAGUCUGAAUUUGAAUUUGAUAGUCCUCGAUAUAGGAUGACCUCGAUAUCCAAGCCCAAAUUAUAUCGUCACCGAGGAGUUCUAAUGAAGACCAAACCAACGAAUUUGACAAAUUAUUUAAGAAUGGAAGGGGAGAUGGAAUGAACAACUAUUUUACCGACGCGGCACUUAAAAUAAAAAUAUUUAAAAAUGGCUUCUCAGUGAUUCUCGAUGAUCAGGAAUUCAAAUUUAUCUAUAGAUAUAUUCCUCUAUUUUCCUAUAUAACGUAUACGUUUAUGACGCUGGAAAUUGAAAUUUCAUUGAAAUCAUGUUCAGCAGCAAGUUCUGUUUGCCUAUGAGGGGCACCCUUGGAUGACUUGGACGUAGUCGUCAUUGCCGGAGAUGAUGAUUAAAUGCUGUUUAACGGAGAAAUUCUGUCAUUGAUACCAAUCAAACACGCAUCGAUGUUCUCCAUUACAUUCCGGUGGCACAAUAAUGUCUAACUUUUAACGAACGCGCAUUCCUGGUGAAUUAUAAUCAACCAGAAUAGCGGUAAUAGUCUUUAUUUUUCGGUGGAAUAUUGUCAACAUACUGGUGCAUUCCACGAUAAAUGGUGUGAACUUUGUUGUUAAAAGCUAACUAAUGUCAAAAGAAUUUGAAAAAAAACACUAUUUUAACAGAAAUUUUUUUCGAUAAAAAUUGUAUGGUUCCAUAAAUGUCUAUAAAAUAAUUCGUUACGUAGAGAGUUUCGAUAAAUAAAGGUUCGACAGUAAUUUUGUACCAACCCCGCCACUUUCUUAAAGAUACCUCUUACCAAGGGCGUACCCAAGGGGGGUUUCGGAUCCUGACCCCCCCAUUGAAAUUUCUAUAUACUCAACGAUUUAAU